AUGUGUGAUUCGCCUUGCACACCACCAACACUUCAGCGUGCAAACAUUGAAGAGGAAGAGAAGGAUUUUGUGGUGUCAUUUAUUCAAUUCCUGCGUCAGCGCAUUUCGCGUGAACAAUGCGCAAGUGAUUACGUUGAAGGAGUUGAAGUGGCAAUUCAGUGUCUUGAGGCAGCAUUUGAAAUAACAGAUUCCAGUUAUUUGUUCCAACCUUCGAAACCUCUUUUUGAGAUUUUUCACCAGUCUGAAAGCUCUGAGAGAAUGAAUGCUGCACCGACGCCAACUGUAGAAGAUAUCAAGUUAGCAAAUAAUCUAAAAGAAGAAGGAAAUGUAUUAAUGAAAGCAUCACGAUUUGAUGAUGCAGUGUUGAAAUACAAUGAAGCUAUCAAGCUGCACAAGGAUCCAGCAUAUUUUUGUAAUCGAGCUGCGGCUUACUGUCGAUUAGAACAAUACGACCUAGCUAUACAAGAUUGUCGUGCUGCUUUGGCUUUGGAUCCAAAAUAUAGUAAAGCAUACGGACGUAUGGGGUUGGCAUAUUCUUGUCAAAAUCGUUAUGAGCAGUCCGUAAAUUCAUAUCAAAAAGCAGUAGAACUGGACCCGACUCAGGAAAGUUAUAAAAAUAAUUUGAAAAUUGCUGAAGAGAAACUCAAAGAGAUAGAGGACUCAUUCAAAAACGGACAAGGAUCAGGAGUAGGUCACCUUUUGGGUACCCAAAUGCCAGACGUAAGUGCACUGCUUAGUAAUCCAGCUAUGAUGACAAUGGCUAGACAACUGAUGUCAGAUCCGAAUAUACAAAGUAUGAUGUCGCAGAUGAUGUCUGGUAUCUUAGGUAGUGGAUCUGCUGGUGGUGUCUCUAAUCUUAUCGAAGCUGGUCAACAGUUAGCUCAGCAGAUGCAGGAUGCUAACCCCGAUCUGGUUGAACAGUUAAGGCGACAGUUUCAAAAUCAGGGGAAUCCAAGCAGUGGAAAUGAUGCAGGUGGACGAAAUGGGAAUGGUGGAGCGCAGCCUCCUAAGUGA